GGCGGGGGGGAGGCCUCGGGGCAGGCCCGGCAGCAGCCCGGCCGCACCUGCCGGUCGGGACAAAGGCGGCCCGGGGCCCGGAAGCUCGCCGCGCCGCUGCUCUUUCCCGCCCGUCGCCGGGCGGCCUCAAAGCUGUCAACGUUUCCUUUAGCCCGCAGAGCCGGUGACAGCUUGCCAACACUGGGUCACAUGUGAGCCUCCCACAUGGGCUCACUCUCCAUCCCAGCUGUGUGAUUGAACCCUGCUCUUAUUGACUAGGGGGCACUUGGGCAGGCAUGCUUCAUUCCUGGAAUUGACAGUCAUUUCAUUUCUGAAUAAACUAACUGAAUAAGCACUUAAUAAAACCCUACCUUCUUUCACUGGCUUCAUUUGGCCUUCAGACAUAAUGAGGAGAUUGGCUUUUCGAGGUGCUGGUUGUGCUCUGGUAAAGCUGAAGAAGUUGGAUUCCAUGGGUUCCAAGAGAAGAAGAGCUACCUCCCCUUCCAGCAGUGUCAGUGGAGACUUUGACGAUGGGCACCAUUCUGUGCCCACCCCAGGCCCGAGCAGGAAAAGGAGAAGACUGUCUAAUCUUCCCACCGUUGACCCUAUUGCUGUGUGCCAUGAACUCUAUAACACCAUCCGAGACUAUAAGGAUGAGCAGGGCAGACUCCUCUGUGAGCUGUUCAUCAGGGCACCAAAGCGGAGAAAUCAACCAGACUAUUAUGAAGUGGUUUCUCAGCCCAUCGACUUGAUGAAAAUCCAACAGAAACUUAAAAUGGAAGAGUAUGAUGAUGUUAAUCUGCUGACUGCAGACUUCCAGUUGCUCUUUAACAAUGCAAAGGCCUAUUAUAAGCCAGAUUCCCCUGAAUAUAAAGCUGCUUGUAAACUCUGGGAUUUGUACCUUCGAACAAGAAAUGAAUUUGUUCAAAAAGGAGAAGCAGAUGACGAGGAUGAUGACGAAGAUGGGCAAGACAAUCAAGGAACAGUGACUGAAGGUUCUCCAACUUACCUAAAGGAGGUCCUGGAGCAGCUUCUGGAAGCCAUAGUUGUAGCCACAAAUCCAUCAGGACGGCUCAUCAGUGAGCUUUUUCAGAAACUUCCUUCCAAAGUGCAAUAUCCAGACUAUUAUGCAAUAAUUAAGGAGCCUAUAGAUCUCAAGACCAUUGCUCAGAGAAUACAGAAUGGAAGCUACAAAAGUAUUCAUGCAAUGGCCAAAGAUAUAGAUCUUCUAGCAAAAAAUGCCAAAACAUAUAAUGAGCCUGGUUCUCAAGUAUUCAAGGAUGCCAAUUCGAUUAAAAAAAUAUUUUAUAUGAAAAAGGCAGAAAUUGAACAUCAUGAAAUGGCUAAAUCAAGUCUUCGAAUAAGGACUGCAUCAAAUUUGGCUGCAGCCAGACUGACAGGUCCUUCGCACAGUAAAAGCAGCCUUGGUGAAGAAAGAAAUCCCACUAGCAAGUAUUACCGUAAUAAAAGAGCAGUCCAAGGGGGUCGCUUAUCAGCAAUUACCAUGGCCCUUCAGUAUGGCUCGGAAAGUGAAGAGGACGCAGCUUUAGCUGGAAAUGUUAUUUUGUUGCACUUGAUGCCGUCUUGGUUGGCCGCACGCUAUGAAGAAGGGGAAUCUGAAGCUGAGAGCAUCACUUCCUUUAUGGACGUCUCCAAUCCUUUCCAUCAGCUCUAUGACACCGUGAGGAGCUGUCGGAACAACCAAGGGCAGCUCAUAGCCGAACCUUUUUUCCAUCUGCCUUCAAAGAAAAAAUACCCAGAUUAUUAUCAGCAAAUUAAAAUGCCCAUAUCGCUCCAACAAAUCAGAACAAAACUAAAGAACCAAGAAUAUGAAACUUUAGAUCAUUUGGAGUGUGAUCUGAAUUUAAUGUUUGAAAAUGCCAAACGCUAUAACGUUCCCAAUUCAACCAUCUAUAAGCGAGUUCUGAAAUUGCAGCAAGUCAUGCAGGCAAAGAAGAAAGAGCUUGCCAGGAGAGAUGACAUUGAGGAUGGAGACAGCAUGAUCUCUUCAGCCACUUCUGAUACUGGUAGUGCCAAAAGAAAAAGUAAAAAGAACAUAAGAAAACAGCGAAUGAAAAUUUUAUUCAAUGUUGUUCUUGAAGCUCGAGAGCCAGGUUCAGGCAGAAGACUUUGUGAUCUAUUUAUGGUUAAGCCAUCCAAGAAGGACUAUCCUGAUUACUAUAAAAUCAUCUUAGAGCCAAUGGACCUGAAAAUAAUUGAGCAUAACAUCCGAAAUGACAAAUACGCAGGUGAAGAAGGAAUGAUGGAGGACAUGAAGCUUAUGUUCCGCAACGCCAGGCACUACAACGAGGAGGGCUCUCAGGUGUACAAUGACGCACAUAUCCUGGAGAAGUUACUCAAGGAUAAAAGGAAGGAGCUGGGACCUCUGCCUGACGAUGAUGACGUGGCUUCUCCCAAGCUGAAACUGAGUAGAAAGAGUGGUGUUUCUCCUAAGAAGUCGAAGUACAUGACUCCAAUGCAGCAGAAGCUAAAUGAAGUGUAUGAAGCUGUGAAGAACUAUACUGAUAAGAGGGGUCGCCGUCUCAGUGCUAUAUUUCUGAGACUCCCCUCUAGAUCAGAGCUGCCUGACUACUAUCUGACCAUUAAAAAACCCAUGGACAUGGAAAAAAUUCGAAGUCACAUGAUGGCAAACAAGUACCAAGAUAUAGAUUCUAUGGUAGAGGACUUUGUCAUGAUGUUUAAUAAUGCCUGUACCUACAAUGAACCAGAGUCUUUAAUCUACAAAGAUGCUCUUGUCCUACAUAAAGUUCUCCUGGAAACUCGGAGAGACCUGGAGGGAGAUGAGGAUUCUCAUGUCCCAAACGUGACCUUGCUGAUUCAAGAACUUAUCCAUAAUCUUUUUGUGUCGGUCAUGAGUCAUCAGGAUGAUGAAGGAAGGUGCUACAGUGACUCCUUAGCAGAGAUUCCCGCUGUGGAUCCCAGCUUUCCCAACAAACCUCCCCUUACAUUUGAUAUCAUUAGGAAGAGUGUUGAAAGCAAUCGCUAUCGGCGACUUGAUUUGUUUCAAGAGCAUAUGUUUGAAGUGUUGGAAAGGGCAAGAAGGAUGAAUAGGACAGACUCCGAAAUAUAUGAAGAUGCAGUAGAGCUUCAGCAGUUUUUUAUUAGAAUUCGUGAUGAACUCUGCAAAAAUGGGGAGAUCCUUCUUUCUCCAGCACUCAGCUAUACCACAAAACAUUUACAUAACGACGUGGAAAAAGAAAAAAAGGAAAAAUUACCUAAAGAAAUAGAGGAAGAUAAACUAAAACGAGAAGAAGAAAAAAGAGAAGCUGAAAAAAGUGAAGACUCCUCAGGCACUGCAGGCCUCUCAGGCUUACAUAGGACAUACAGCCAAGACUGCAGCUUUAAGAACAGCAUGUAUCAUGUUGGAGAUUAUGUCUAUGUGGAGCCUGCAGAGGCCAAUCUACAACCACACAUAGUCUGUAUUGAGAGACUGUGGGAGGAUUCAGCUGGUGAAAAAUGGUUGUAUGGCUGUUGGUUUUAUCGGCCAAAUGAAACAUUCCAUUUGGCUACACGGAAAUUUCUGGAAAAAGAAGUUUUUAAGAGUGACUAUUACAAUAAAGUUCCUGUUAGUAAAAUUCUAGGCAAAUGUGUAGUCAUGUUUGUCAAGGAAUACUUUAAAUUAUGCCCAGAAAACUUUCGAGAUGAGGAUGUUUUUGUCUGUGAAUCAAGAUACUCUGCUAAAACGAAAGCUUUUAAGAAAAUUAAACUGUGGACAAUGCCCAUCAGCUCAGUUAGGUUUGUCCCUCGGGACGCGCCCUUGCCUGUGGUUCGAGUGGCCUCUGUGUUUGCAAAUGCAGACAAAGCAGAUGAGGAGAAGAAUGCAGACAACUCAGACGACAGUCGAGCUGAGGACAGCUCUAACUUGGAAAAGGAAAAAGAAGACGUCCCUGUGGAGAUGGCCAAUGGGGAGCCGGGCUGCCACUACUUUGAGCAGCUUCAUUACAAUGACAUGUGGCUGAAGGUUGGCGACUGUGUCUUCAUCAAAUCCCAUGGCUUGGUGCGCCCUCGUGUGGGCAGAAUUGAAAAAGUAUGGGUUCGAGAUGGAGCUGCAUAUUUUUAUGGCCCCAUUUUCAUUCACCCAGAAGAAACAGAACAUGAGCCCACAAAAAUGUUCUACAAAAAAGAAGUGUUUCUGAGUAAUCUGGAGGAAACCUGCCCCAUGAGUUGUAUUCUGGGAAAAUGUGCUGUGUUGUCAUUCAAGGACUUCCUCUCCUGCAGGCCAACUGAAAUACCAGAAAACGACAUUCUGCUUUGUGAGAGCCGUUAUAAUGAGAGUGACAAGCAGAUGAAGAAAUUCAAGGGUUUGAAGAGGUUUUCACUUUCUGCUAAAGUUGUAGAUGAUGAAAUUUACUACUUCAGAAAACCAAUCAUUCCUCAGAAAGAACCCUCACCUUUGUUGGAAAAGAAGAUACAAUUGCUAGAGGCUAAGUUUGCUGAGUUAGAAGGUGGAGAUGAUGAUAUUGAAGAGAUGGGAGAAGAGGAUAGUGAGGUCAUUGAACCUCCAUCUCUACCUCAGCUUCAGACCCCCCUGCCCAGUGAGCUGGACCUCAUGCCCUACACCCCCCCGCAGUCUACCCCAAAGUCUGCCAAAGGCAGUGCAAAGAAAGAAAGUUCUAAACGGAAAAUCAACAUGAGUGGCUACAUUCUAUUCAGCAGUGAAAUGAGAGCUGUGAUUAAAGCCCAGCACCCAGACUACUCUUUUGGGGAACUCAGCAGACUGGUGGGGACAGAAUGGAGAAACCUUGAGACAGCCAAGAAAGCAGAAUAUGAAGAGCGGGCAGCUAAAGUUGCUGAGCAGCAGGAGAGAGAGCGAGCAGCACAGCAACAGCAGCCGAGUGCUUCUCCCCGAGCAGGCACCCCUGUGGGGGCUCUCAUGGGGGUGGUGCCACCACCAACACCAAUGGGAAUGCUCAAUCAGCAGUUGACACCUGUUGCAGGCAUGAUGGGUGGCUAUCCGCCAGGCCUUCCACCUUUGCAGGGCCCAGUUGAUGGCCUUGUUAGCAUGGGCAGCAUGCAGCCACUUCACCCUGGGGGGCCUCCACCUCACCAUCUUCCGCCAGGUGUGCCUGGCCUCCCAGGCAUCCCACCACCCGGUGUGAUGAACCAAGGAGUAGCCCCCAUGGUAGGGACUCCAGCACCAGGUGGAAGUCCAUAUGGACAACAGGUAGGAGUUUUGGGGCCUCCAGGGCAGCAGGCACCACCUCCAUAUCCUGGUCCUCAUCCAACUGGCCCCCCUGUCAUACAGCAGCCAACAACACCCAUGUUUGUGGCUCCCCCACCAAAGACCCAAAGGCUCCUCCACUCAGAGGCCUACCUGAAGUAUAUUGAAGGGCUCAGCGCUGAGUCCAACAGCAUCAGCAAGUGGGACCAAACUCUGGCAGCGCGAAGACGGGAUGUCCAUUUGUCAAAAGAACAGGAGAGCCGCCUACCUUCUCACUGGCUCAAAAGUAAAGGGGCACACACCACCAUGGCAGAUGCCCUCUGGCGCCUUCGGGAUUUAAUGCUUCGGGACACUCUUAACAUUCGACAAGCAUACAACUUAGAAAACGUUUAAUCUCAUCACUGUGUUUCUUCUAUAGAAGCAAAGAGUUGUGGGAACGGUAGCCAUUUUAGUUACUGGGGGUGGGGGGGAGGAACAAAGGCUGGUCAUUUUUAUUGCAUUUUACUGUACAUCACAAGGCCAUUUUAUAUAAGGACACUUUUAAUAAGCUAUUUCAACUUGGUUUUGUUAUAUUAAGUUGACUAUCAAAUACACAGAUUUUUUUUUGCAUAUGUUUCCUUUGUUUAAAACCAGUUUCAUAAUUGGUUAUAUAUAUAUAUAGUCAUAGUUUUAUCUUUACUUGUUAAGGGACUUAAAAUCAUCAAAGGUUUUGGCUUGGCUUGGGGUUUGGUUUUCUUUUUUAUAAAUAUAUAUAUUAUAUAUAUAUACACACACAAGAAAAAUGAAAAAAAAACAGAGUUUACAAAUUAGUUUAAAUGAAAUGUGAAUUUGGUCCUAGUUUACAUCUUAGAGGAGUGUAUAUGUAUGUUUCACAUGCCUAAAUAUCUGCAGGUUUUCUUACAGGCAAAGCAAAGUGCUGUGAAAGGUUGUUUAUAGACUAUAGAUGUGUGACAGACUCAACAUAUUUGCUGUAUUAACACAGAAGCUCACUAUAGAAAUCUACAGUCAGUGCUUGUGUCCAUCCACAACCAGUGUAACUGAGGGAAAAUUACUGUGCUGAGCUUAACAUCUGUAUUGUCAGUGACUUUGCAGACCAUGUGCCCAGAUCUGAGUUAUAUUUAGUGUUGGAAGGUAAGUUGAGUACUUACGAUCUGUUUAUGAUUCAGUUUAUGCCUUCAUGUUAUAUAAUUUGAAACUUUACAUCUGUUGCCUUGAAAAACAUUGAAGAAAGUACUAAAGUAUGUAUGGAGGUGGUUUAUUUUAAGCAUAAUGCCUAACCUAAGAAGGAAUGUCCAUGGACACAAGCUGUGUCUUGCACGUAACAUAACUGUGCAAGGGUAGCCUGCCUACAUACGCAGAUACUCUGGAUUCUUUAUUUCUUUGUUAUCAGUUGUGGCAUUUCCUUUGUUUCAGGGCUAGAAUUCUCAACCAGAAAUAAUACUUUCUAAAAUGUUUUUAAAUUCAGCUUGUGCUUUGGAUUAUGGAAAAAGGAAUUUAUACUUUAAAAUGUUCACAGAAAAAGACUAUUACAGAUCCCAAACACUUGGACUUGGUGACCUUGUCUUUCUUUUUUUGAGACAUGGUCCCACUAUGUACUUUGGCUGGACUGGAACUCACUGUAUAGACCAGGAUAGCCCCAAACUCACACCUGCCAUCCUCUUCCUCCCAAGUGCUGGGAUUAAAGGCGGUGCUAUAAUGCUCAGCCAAUGCAGCCCUGUCUUUCUGACACAGCCCUAGAAUAAACAUUUGAGGCGGUGUACAAUGUUCAGGUGGCACCAUUUUACAUGGUGGUCUGUUUUUGAAGCCUACUUUAUUCUAAUAGGAUGGUUAUGUUAUGCUGAUGCUGCCACUGCGCUGAGAAUGAUUGUCAAAAGACAGUCUUUUCCCUUAAAAUACAAUGAAUCAGUACUCGUGUUUAAUUGCCAUGUUUAAUAAAUCAUGAGAGUCUAUAAUGGAAAGAAGUCCCCGGUAUCUGCUUUGAAUCCAGGAACCCUUGUGACUUAAUGCCAGUAGUCAGCCACUGCAUCUCAGUUUUCAUCAAGUGUUUUAAAGAAUUUUAAAUUAAAAAAAAAAAUGUACUGCAGAUUAUGCUAGUACCUUACUGCUAAACCGAAUUAAAUAAAUAUUUGAUUCCUGGUCAUUUGGACCCUUGGCUCAUCAUGGACUAUGAAAUGUAAUCAGAUCCUUUUCUUUUUAGGUACCCUUGAAUUACACCAAAGAACCAGAAACUUCAUUUUGGUUAAAUUAUUUAUUUCAUGCACUCAUUUUAUUUCUCUUGUUUAAAGGUUUAGAUGCAGCUCCCUAGGAGCCUCUAAAAACCCUUCACUGUCAGCAACCAGGGGCACCAGAAGCCAGGGCACUCCUCCAGCUGGCUCCUUCCCGGUGCACUAGUGCUGGAGGAACCUCCAGCCAGCCCAGGCUCCCUUAGAGCACAGACCCAGCCCAGCAGGUCACUAAAGCAGGCCCUGAUGAAGUUUAAAAAACAAUUAAUUAAUUAAAACCAUUAAGACACUAUUUAUUUUAGAAUCAUGCUUUUAGAGAAUACCAGUUAUUACUUAGGAUAUAGGAUUUGAGAUCAGUCAUCUUCAAAAAAAAGAAAAAGCUUGACUUAAGGCAGUACAAGUAAACAAUACACUUUCUCAUGACUUAAGAACUGUAGUAAUGUGGCUUAAGAAAUAUAAUGACCUAAUUGUUUUCAAAAUAUAAGUUCCUAUGAAGAGUUUUGUUUCUGUUGAGUUGGGGGACCUAUAGGUUUAAAAUGUUAGCCAACUGAUUUAAAAGACCUUGGUUUUACUAAAUCUCCCUUCUCCUUCUGAACUCGGGUGGGAGUGAGGGACACUUGUGUAAAAUCCCCAAAUUAAUGUUAUAACUUUCAGCUUGAACGUUCGUUUCCAGGCCUGAUUAAAAAGUGGUUUAUUCUAUUUUCUGUACUAUAUCAUUAUCUGAAGUUUAAGUGGUAACUGGUUCUAUACCGUGUAUGUAUCAUAUGUUUGUUCAACAAAGCUUUUUAAUCCAAAUAAAAACAAGAGUUUGCAAAGUGA